GCCUUUAAGAUCUGCUUCUUUCUUCUCCAGGUUUCCUGUUCACAGGCUACAUGCUGCACGUGUGGCUGGCUGCGACGCAGUUCAUUGCACCCCUCAUGGCCAACUUUGAGACUAUCUCCAGCAACGAGUCUUCAAUCAAGUACGUCGAUAACGGUACAUCCUUUGUGGUGGAGUGGCAUCAGGUUGUACUGCAGGACAAGCCCAGUGGAGGCAACUACACAUUCCAGGCUGUGCUGCACAAAAAUGGAGACAUUGUCUUUGUCUACAAAGAUCUGCCAAUGGCCGUAACGGAAAUUCCUGACCGGAGCCACCCAGUCAAAGUUGGAAUAUCGGAUGCCUACAUGUUUGACCGCAUGGUGUUCUUUGUCAAGCGGAAGACCAUCUACGAGUACCACCAGGUGAGCAAGAAGAGUGACGUCAUUCGUAGCAACACGGCCAUUGUGUUCACCGCCCUGCCCACGUGCCUGGGCCUGAAGACUUGUACAGAGUGCCGCUCAGCACAGCUUUCGUUCAGCUGCUCGUGGUGUGAUGCGGUGCAACGUUGCUCAAGUGGCAUUGACCGGCACCGCCAGAGCUGGCUGGAGAACCAGUGUGACCUUGAGGAAAAGAAGAAUGCCUCGCAGUGCGGUGCCACUCCACGCACCACAGUGCCACCACCAGCUGUUCCAACAGCGCCAAGCAGCUCUGCUACAGCGGCAGUGGCCAAUGCAUCCAUCGCUGUCGCCAAUGCGACCAGUACUAUUCCUGAGGUGGUUUCCAUUCACACCAACGAUGUGCACGGUGAUGCAGCAGCACACAGUGCAGCCGUUAUGCCAUCGGACGGUUCCUCAUCAUCGCACGCUGUCAGCUCUGGCACGGUGGUCGCUGUCAUCAUGAUCCUGGUGCUCGUAGUUGCCGUUGGCGUGUGGCUGCUGUAUGCAUACCGCAACCCCCAGACGCCUGCUGGACAGCUCCUCAUCAAGUAUCGUCCGAGCCAGUGGAGGCUCCAUGGUGAAGCCCGCUACACGGCCGCCACCUCGGUCCAUAUCUGAGGAAGCUGUCCAACGGCCAACGACUUUGAUAACAAUGUCGUGACCUCAGGAGCCGGGGUAAUGACAUUGAAAGGAGGAGCGAGUUCUUCCCUUGGAGUCGUCGGCUCUGCCGGCUUCAAGCACUGACCCAUCUGUUCAGCUCUCCCCCUCCUUCCCCUCUUCUAUUCACUUCCCUCUUGUUGUGCUUGGACUCGUCUGUGCAGCAGGCAAACAUGUCGUGGCAUCUUUUACUUUGGGCAGUCAAUGGAGAAAGACGCAACCAGUGGGCUGCCUUCUCUGUUGAUCAUUUGUUUUGAGAAUAGUUGUAGUUUCUGUGGGCAGCAAAAGCAGGCAUGACAAACGAAAGGUAUGGGUUCACACCCCUCCCUUUCAGCACUGUCAAGUAUAGUAACACCUUGUUAAUACGUACCUGCUUAAUAAGUAAUUCUGGUUUAAAUAUAGUCGUGACGGAUCCCCCGCCCUGUCACCAUUGAACCUAAUGUAUUGGCUGACUGCUUAAACCGUAGUCGCUUAACACAUUCGAAAUGGGUAGUGCGUAGUAUUUACUUAAUUUUUCAGCGCAUACAAGCAUGGACUCUGAAAUGGCACACGCGCAGACCAUAAAUAGCAAAAUUGCGACGCACGGGCCUUUUCCAGACUACAGUUGCCACCGAUAGUGACAUCAAAACACGGUAGCCAGGACGUGUUUCCUGCUCCCAAUGCUUCGCGCACUUCCACCUCAUCGUCAUGGAUGACGAUGUGCAUACCUGAUCCACGUUCUCUGCCAACUACGUAUUAAGGAGGUUUUCCUGUACUUUGACGAGGCAUACAGCAGAAGUGCGCUGCCAACAAGUGUUAGUUAAUUCAGUGAGAAAUUAUGCCGAAUGGCAUGUCGCAAGAUGCAUGUCUCGUUUAUAGUGAUCAAUAAUGAAUAUGGCUCAGCGCUUGAGGUGUUCAGUGUUGAGCUAGUGGCCUAAAGCGUCCAGUGCGAACCUGUUGCUCAUUGCAAAAUGCUUGCCAUUUUCACUUGACUUCAGCUGCCAUAUACUUUAGGGGCACUCUGCUUUAACCAUGGCCCUCAAUCGACUGGAGUGUUGUGCGGAACAGAGCUUGCUUGCUCUUACUCAAGGGGAAUCUCUUGCAAACUAACUGCAGUAAGUUGUCUACCCUGUUACAACGAGGGCCCACCACAAGGUUAACUGGACACUGACCCAUUACUUCAACAGGUUUUUGGCAACAUGCUGGCAACAAUGGGCUUAGUUUUAGGGCAGUGUUGUAGCGUCUGUCACGCAAUUCCAGCUGUAUGGGUGUUAGGGCACCGCAAGAGCUGGCACCUUUCAUUAGUGGAAUUCUCAGAUAUUCCUAAUCGGGCAGUACUUCGAAGUCCCUGAGUGUGUAAAUGC